AACGUCAAAUGUUCUGACUUGUGACGUGUAUGCAAGUGGGAAAACUGGGGAUUCUUUUAAAAUUCAAAGAGAAGCAAUAUCUUAAGAACGUUGUAUAAAAUUAUUAUCAAUAACACGAUUCGAUAAGGUAAUUAGAUUCGGUAAACCGUACACGUAACCGAGUUUUUAAGACUGUACUAAUGAAUUAUUCACACGUUAUCAUUUGAAAAGCGAAUGUUUUUUCCGAUUGUGUUCGAAAAAAAAAAAAAAGUUUUUAAAAGUUUCAGAAGAUUUUUGUUUUAUCGCACGCCCCAGUGGCUCUCAAACUAUAUUAAUUGAGUUUGUUUUAGGAAUUGAUAAAAUGUUGAGAAUAAUAUUUUUUGUGGCGUUUUUGGAGUGUGUUUUAACUCAGCAAUAUCAGCAGAAAGUGGCACCUGGCGUACCGCCACAGAGCUAUCAGCAAUAUCAAGCUCCACCUCCUCCGCCACCGCCUCAGCAACAGCAGCAACCACCUCAGCAGCAGCAAUACCAACCGCCCCCACCACAGCAACAACAAUACCAGCCUCCACCUCAACAGCAAUAUCAGCAGGUGCCCGUCCAACCUGUCCAAGUACAGCAAGCAGGACAUACCCACCAUGGAGAUCCUCAACUAUUGAACCCUGCUAAUAUUGCACAAGAAAGAGAUCACAUCCAAGAGCACAUGGACGUUCCCAUAGACACGUCGAAGAUGUCCGACCAGGAAUUACAGUUUCACUACUUCAAAAUGCACGACGCGGACAACAACAACAAGUUAGACGGCUGCGAACUGAUAAAAUCUCUCAUACAUUGGCACGAACAAGGACACAAACAGGAGAAUCCGCCCAGCGAGGCUCCGGUUGGCGAGAAGAUCUUCAACGAGGACGAGCUGGUUAAUCUCAUCGAUCCGAUCCUGAACAUGGACGACCACAACAGAGACGGCUACAUCGACUAUCCGGAAUUCGUUAGAGCGCAACAGAAGAGCCAAAAACAGAACUGAGAGGAACGGCGGCGCGUGCAAAGGAGAUUGCGAAACUAUACAGUAUUCGACCGUUAGAUCUUACGACUUCCUGACCGCCAUUUUGUUGAUGUCCGGCAACCAUUCUCCUCGUGACGUCACCGUUGAUGUACAUUGAAGGUUUUAGCGCGUAACGAAACUCGAAAUUGCACUAGGUUACAAAUGAAGGUAGUUUGAAAUAAAUUUAAAUGUAGCGAUGCAAUAGAACAGAUACCUUAGUGGCGUCACGCAUUGCAUUAAUGCAUUGCUCGACCGGCUUAGUGGGUUGUCGAAGCCUGAUUCGUAAUUCCGCAUCCAACCUAUGUGCUUAGUGCGAGUUUUUUUAACGUUCUCGAUAGCGUAAAAGUUAACUCAAAUUUGUAUGCAGUUGAAACAGCGUCUCUAGCUCUAGCUCUAGCAAACGCUCCAACUCCAUACACAAGUUGAGUUAACUUUUACGCUAUGGAGAACGUUAAAAAACUCACACUAAGGACACUGAUAAAGAUAAAAAUAAAGAAGCCUUUAUUAACAAUCUUAACUCGUAUUUAGGUACAUUCUGUUAGUGUAAACAUUUGACAUCGACAAAGAUUGUUUUGCUUUCGCAUAGGCCUCCCCCAAAUCCUGCCAUAAGUUCCGAUUGUCACAUUUCCUCAUCCACGUAGAACCCCCUACGGUCUGUCUGUCCAACCUGACGUGGAUUAAUAUUCUUUUUUUUAUUGCCCUUGUAGGCAGACGAGCAUACGGCCCACCGGAUGGUGAGUGGUUACCGUCGCCCAUAGACUUCAGCAAUGCCAGGGGUAGAGCCAAGCCGCUGCCUACCGUACCAUUGUUUCUUACUCGUCUUAUUAGUCGACUCGAAACGAGUUUCCAACGGAAUAGUAAGCAGUUCUUUAAUAUCGAUAAAUUCAUUAAUAAAAUAAAAUCGCAAUUCCAUUGUAGUACUAGGGAUAAAUACGUGAUUGAUUGAUGUUCCGGGAAGCCGCAUUCGAUAGCGAAUCGCGAUCGCCGGGCGUUGACCUCGCGCGUUAACCGAAUCUUUUUUGUGUUACAUUGCGUGCGAUACUAAUGUAACAAAGAAAUCUGUAUAUUUGAUCUUUUUAAAAAAAAUCCAGGACAUUUACAAGUUGAGUUUCGCAUCUUCAAAGGUUGCCAUUUGUUUUUUUUUUAUGUGACUAAAAGGACGGAUUGUAUAGAUAAAAAAAUUUUGUUAAAAUUUAUUUUAUAAUGAAAAGAAACGAAAGUUUUAUAUAUUUCUGUAUAUAUCUGAAGAUAAUAACUAGUAGUUAUUAAAGAAUGUGAAACGAUUGAAAAUAAAUAUCAUAAGCGUAAUUAUAUUAUUGUAUUAAAGUUUACAACAUUACUUUUUAAUUAAGUUAAAGAAACAAAAAAAAAAAAGAACGUCAUUGUCAAUUCAAUAAAAACUCGUCGCAGGUUAGCGAGUCAAAACAUAAAGCUAAUUUUUCUGGUAUAUUAUUAAUCUUGCAUUUUUAACCCUAUGACUGCCGUGUAGGUCACCAGUGCCCUACGCGGCGCACUGAAGUAGGUAUGUCGUAUCUAUAUAUUAAUACGUGAAGCAAAAACUUUGUACCCCUUUCUACGAAAAUUGCGCAGACGGAGGAGUAUGAAAUUACUCACACUUAUAGAAAAUAUAGAGGAGUGCAUUGAUAAUACAUUAAAUCAAUGAAAAGAAUAUUACUCACACUACCGUGUAUAUGAUACACACACACAUACAUAUACUCUUUGCUUAUUGUCAAACUUUUGCUUUAUUGCUAUGGUCAAAUUGAGAAUAGGUUAAUAUUGUUUAUUUGUAAUAUUAUUUGUCUAUAGUGUAGUCUUGGGCGAAAUUUGUGAUUAUAGAAGUAUAAUAAAUAGCCUUUGACAACAGAACCAUAGUAAUAUUCAAACUUAUAAUUUCGAUUACAUAAUUAGGGACCACUAGUUCUGUUAAUAAGGCACCGGAACAUUUAGUAGACUCUUGGAAAUACGAAUCCGAACGAUACUGAGAAUGAAUCUAUUUUUAAGAGACCUAAAUGACUAAAGCGUACAUUAACAAACUAAAGAAGGCAAAUUUAGGCAAUCCAGGCGCCUUAGUAACAGAAAUUGACGUAAUUCAGUGCGCCGCGUAGGGCACCGGUGACCUACAGACCAACCAUAGUGCUAAUGUCAUUAUGGAAUAACGUAAUGACUAAUAAAAACACGCUACACUAAGAAACCGUAAAAAUUAGUUUAAAUUAUUUCGUCUUUUAAGUUUGUCCGGUCAAUAUGUGCUCGUAACUCUAGCAAAAUCCUUUGAAUAACAGUGACGGGCAUUAAUCAAUUAAUAUUUUAAUCAUCGUAGUAAUUGAUUGAAAAAUUAAUUGCGAUUAAUUUAAUUAAUCACAAUUAAUGUAAUUGCAAUUAAUCCGUUAGUUGCAUAUUGCAAUUGAUUCGACAAAUAAUUAUGUCUGUCUGGAACGCGACGCGAUCUCUGUUCUGGUUGUAAAUUGUGAAACUUGAAUUAUUAAUAUCAAAGAAACGCGGUUUAUGUUUUUUAACCAACCAAAUAAUCUUGAUUCAAAUCGUUUACACACAUUUAUGUAGCUUAUAUAAGCGUGCUCAAAAACUUUUACAAUUUUAUUAUAAUGAUAGGUACCUAAUAAAAAAGAAUGGAUACCUAUAUCUCAAAAUUACGUUUUUCUAGUAUUAAAACUCAAGUCAAAAUACAUACUCGAAUAUUCUUUUAUUUUUUUCUACAUUUUUCUCUUCUUUUAUUUUUAAUUACCUAUAUUGACUAUAUACUUUGUUCUUAUACUCUCGAAUUGAAUCUAGUUACAACUGUCUUCUAGAAUUUUCUCACGAGAUCUCUAUGCACAGUUCUAAAAGUAAGCCAUUGCUUUAGUACUGGAAGUUUAAUGUUUCAAAUUGUCUUAUUGUUACGGAUGUUCCAUAGGGUCAUUGGUAAUGCGACUUACGGUAACAUGACUGUUUAAUGUUUUAUUUCAUAUUUAAUAUCAAAAUAACCGAUUGCUUUUUUUGUUACAUAAAAUAGAUUUUAAUGAAUAUUCAAUAUCGCCAGUUGAAUUCAAUAAUGACAUGUUUGACAGUAGAUAGCUGUCAUUUGUAAAAUGAUGUAUAUUUAAAAACUAAAAUAUGGCACUGAGUGAUUAUUGCAUUCAGCCAAAAGUAAUAUUAAUUCUCUCUCUCUCUGUCUUCUCGCUAUUUGUUCGUCUGUUGAUUUCAAUCGGUAUAUGUAUUUUUAUAACAGUAAAUGAGAUUAAACCCUAAGUUCAAACGGAAAUCCUUAUAUCUUCCCAUUUUGUAUUAAAAAAAAAACUUUAUUGUAAUGUGACUGCACUGAUAGUUGUGAAUAUAUUGUUGUAUCAAUAAAAUGUCUAUACGUUA